CAGAUUCUUGCACAGCCUCACUAUUUGAAGAAAGUUCAUUCUGAAAAUCUGAAGCAGUUAAUGGGUAAAUAUGAUCAGUUAUCUCCACCAGGUUCUCAGCCUGAGAAGGCCUCACCUUGUGCCCUGAGGAAGGAGCCAGCUGUCUGUGGACUGAGACCUCUGAAAACAGAAUCCCUUUUUGCCAACCUAAUGAAGCAUUCAAAGUCAUAUGACUCUUUUCAAGAUGAGCUUGAAGAUUACAUUAAAGUGCAGAAAGCCAGAGGCUUAGAGCCAAAGACUUGUUUCAGGAAGAUGAGAGAGGGCUACCUGGAAACCUGUGGGCACAGAGAGGAGGUUGACUCCAGAGCCAGGUACAGAAUGUCUGACCAGAGACCACCACCUGGACUUGUCCAGACCCACCCAAGAUCAUGCAGUACUCCACAGACAGCGGACGGCCAGUUACCUCAGUGCCUGCCAGCUCAGGACGGCAGGCUGAGACCAGAGUCCCUGAGCGUUUCUCAGCUCCCCAAGGACUGCUUCUUAGGGACACCGGUGCCCAGGAACCUUAGUCAGCGAGAGUACAAUUGUGGCUCUUAUGACUUGGAGUCCAGUGUUCACAGGCACCUCUCUUCAGGAAAGAGCCCCAGCACCCGUCCAGCCAGCCACAAGCAGGCACAUCAGAAGAGGAAAAGGCACCCCGAGGAGGGCGGAGAGGAGGCAGAGGAGGAGCAGCCCAAGCACCGGAGGAAAAGAGGUUCUGAGGAACUGGGUUUGGGCAGACACAGGAGCAUCCAAAGAAAGCAAGCAAAGGUGGAGACGGAAACCACGCAGGUCAGUGCAGGAAAGCCCAAGAGCCGGAAGGAGAGAAAGAGCCGAGCGGCGGCCUCGAGGAAAGAGGGCCGCAAGCACAGAAAAGCCAGCAAGGACCAAGGCCAGGAGAGGACCGAGGAGGAAAUGCUCUGGGACCAGUCCAUCCUCGGGUUCUGAAGCAAGCGCCGGCGCUGGUCCUCCCGGGUGGCGCUGAAGACAGGGUUGCGGAGCUGGUUAUGGUGCUGGUAUGCACAGGGCUUCCCUGUUAGAUUCCUACGAGGCCACAGACGUGCAGCAUUUCAUGUGCUUGCUCCCCAACGGGGAGUCACCCUUUCUCCUUUUCUAAAAGCACUGUUAUGUUGUUCUUACACGAUGGGUUUCUCUUUAGGAGAGUGACUCUGCUUUUAUUCAUCAAACUGCUAGGAUGGGAUUAUUUCCCUUGGGAGAUCAUUUAUUUUAAAUUUGAGGAUGAAUAGACUUUGCAGAAUCUGUUUCUUGGUUGGGAUUGUUUUAGUUUUGAGUGGGAUUUUUUUAAGUUGAUUGAUUUUUUCUCUAUGCAGCAAUUUAGAUUUUUUUCCUUUGUUAGCUCUAAUGGCAUCAUAUUUUCUAGGUUGGAAAGUGGAAAAUAAAUAUAAUAAUAGUAA